AUGGACAAAGAGGCUGACGGGCAACGUGAGGGAGAAAGCACGCGAGUCUGGUACUUCGCCUACGGCUCCAACAUGUCGCCCAUCACCCUCGGUCGCCGCCGGCUCAGGCCGUCGGAGAGUGUGGCAGGCGUGCUGGUGGGGUAUCGCCUGCUGUUCGACCACGUGGGAGUCCCCUUCUUCGAGCCCAGCUUCGCCAACAUCGUGCCAGAGAAGGGCUGCUGCGUGCACGGCGUCCUUCACAGCCUCACCGCGAGGCACCGGGUAUUGGCGAGCGAAGGCGGAGGCGGGUACACCGAGGGCUACUUCCCGGUGGAGGUGGAGGUCGCGACGUAUGACAACAGGAGGAUCAAGGCGCUCACCCUCGAGUCAUCCAAGGGCGGGCGACACGCCGUCGACUCGCCCCACACCUGGCCCUCCAAACGGUACGUGGGUCUGCUGCUCGACGGCGCGGGCCACUACCGGAUCGACCCGGACUACGUGGCCGAGUACAUCACGGCCCAGCCCGUGUGCCGCACAUCCCAGGUGCUGAGACUGGUGGUCAUCGCGCUCAUGGCCUGCAUCGUGGUGCCCAUCUUCGUGCCCUACUACGUGGCCAUGCGGCUGGGCGCCUCCACGCGCUACUUCCACGUCCUCGCCGCCCACCUCAAGGCCCUCGUCUGGGGCCUCCACAACGUCACCCCGGCGCUCACGCUCGUCGCCUUUGCUGUCCUGGCCGGCGGCGUCUGCUACUCCACCUUCCUCCUGGGCUCGCUCAUCUUCACCCUCAUCGCUUCAUUUGCCGCAGCACUCGGUCUUCCCAUUUGA